AUGGGUAUUCCCGCUGCUUUCCGAUGGCUGUCCAAUCGGUACCCCAAGAUCAUCUCGCCGGUGAUGGAGGACCAACCCGUGAAGAUGGACGACGGCUCGACGAUUCCCGUUGACACGACCAGACCAAACCCCAACGGCGAAGAAUUUGACAAUCUUUACCUGGAUAUGAAUGGCAUUGUGCAUCCUUGUACUCACCCGGAGGAUAGACCGGCACCGAAGGACGAGGAAGAGAUGAUGCUGGAGGUGUUUCGGUACACAGAUCGUGUCGUCAACAUGGUCAGGCCGCGCAAGCUGCUGAUGAUCGCUGUCGACGGUGUCGCUCCUCGUGCGAAGAUGAAUCAGCAACGUUCCCGACGUUUCCGCUCAGCGCAAGAGGCGAAGGAGAAGGCAGACGAAAAACAGGAGCUCAUCAAGCUCUUGAAGCAGCAACACGGCGGCGAGCUACCGCCCGACAGCGAAUUCAACGUUGUGAAGCAGGUGUUUGAUUCGAACACCAUCACCCCGGGUACGCCUUUCAUGGAUAUCCUGGCCAUCAGCCUGCGAUACUGGUGCCAGUAUAAGCUCAACACAGACCCUGGAUGGGCGAAGUUGAAGGUCAUCAUCUCCGACGCAACGGUGCCCGGCGAGGGAGAGCACAAGAUUAUGGCGUUUGUCCGAUCGCAACGCGCGUCUCCGGAGCACGACCCCAACACGCGCCAUGUCAUCUACGGUCUCGAUGCCGAUUUGAUCAUGUUGGGACUGGCGACGCACGAGCCGCAUUUUAGAGUUUUGCGCGAGGACGUCUUCUUCCAAGACAGCAAGGCGAGAAUGUGCAAGAUUUGUGGACAAAAGGGCCACGACGCGCGGAAUUGUAAAGGUGACGCGAAAGAGAAAGAGGGACAACACGACGAGAAGGAUCAUGGCGUCGCCUUGAAGCCCUUCAUCUGGCUCCAUGUGUCCGUUCUGCGGGAGUACCUGGCCAUUGAGCUCAGCGUGCCCGACCUGCCCUUCCGAUUCGACCUCGAGCGCGCCGUCGACGACUGGAUCUUCAUGUGCUGCUUUGUCGGAAACGAUUUCCUGCCGCAUUUGCCAGCUUUGGAAAUUCGGGAGGAUGGCAUUGACACACUCAUGGCCAUUUGGCGCGACAACUUGCCUUCCAUGGGAGGCUACGUCACAAAAGAUGGUCACAUUGACAUGGACAGGGCCCAGAUCAUCAUGAAUGGUCUCGCCAAGCAAGAAGACGCCAUCUUCAAGAGACGCAAGGAGCAAGAGAGGCGCCGCGAAGCCAACGCCAAACGGAGGAAGCUGCAGAAUGACAGUAGUGCUCAGAACGGCGCCCCUGGAGGCGGCAAUUCUGGUGGUGGCGGUGGACGCCCCAAGAAAGACCAAGACUCUACCCCCAAGCAUCUCCUCCGGCCCAUAGAGUCAUACCAUGAGAAGAAGCUGCCUGCAAUCUACAACCAGGGCGUCACGCACGAUAAGGUCGUGAACCGUGGUCCUGCUGAUGCAAAUGCUGCGAACAAGAGCGCAGCCAGCGUGCUCAAGAGUCAGCUUCGCGGUGGUAAGCCGGCACCAGCGGCACCGGCUGGGGCUUCUGCCGCGGAACCUGCAGCCGACACUGAGACCGCCAGCGCGCUUGGGAAACGCAAGGCCGCCGAUGCUGUCGACGGGACGGAUACCCCCAAAUCCACCGAGACCCCCGGAAGCGCUACGCCUGCGGCUACUGAAAAUGACGAGCCAGUGGACAAUGUCCGCCUCUGGGAAGAUGGCUAUCAAGACCGAUACUAUCAGCAAAAGUUCGGGAAAGACCCCGGCGAUUUGGACUUCCGCAAGUCGGUCGCCCAUUCAUAUGCCGAAGGUCUAGCGUGGGUACUUCUCUACUACUUCCAGGGCUGCCCUUCCUGGGAGUGGUAUUACCCUUACCACUACGCACCCUUUGCUGCGGAUUUCCGAGACCUCAACCAGCUGGAAAUCUCGUUCGAAAAGGGCCGCAUCGCGAAGCCGUUCGAGCAGCUGAUGAGCGUGCUGCCUGCUGGGUCGCGCUCUGCCAUUCCGGAUGUUUUCCAUCCCCUGAUGCUGGAGGAGAACAGCGAGAUUAUCGAUUUCUAUCCCCAGGAGUUUGAGACCGACCUGAAUGGCAAGAAGUUUGCCUGGCAGGGCGUGGCUCUCCUGCCGUUCAUCGACAUGCAGCGGCUGUUGUCUGCGGUGGAAUCCAAGUACCACCUUCUCAGCGAAGAUGACAAGGCGCGCAACGGCGUGGGCAAGGAUAUUCUCAUCUUGUCGGAUGCGAAUGAGGGUAUUUACGAUGAUAUCCUAACGAAUUUCUACUCCAAGAAGCAGGGCGCGCCUCAUUUCAAGCUGAAUCCGAAGAACAGCGGCGGCAUGUCCGGCAAAGUCGCCAAAAUGGAGGAGUACGUGCCGCAUGGCUUGCUACAAUAUCCCUUGAAGCGCAAGGCCAUGCCCGAUCUCGACUAUGACAGCUCUGUCACUGUGAUUUACGAGAUGCCCACGACAUCGCAAACCCACAAGUCGAUGCUGCUGCGUGGUGCGAAACUGCCGCCGCCAGCGCUGAACAGGAGUGAUAUUGAGAUCAUGAAGAGCAAGUCCAGGCGCGGUGGACGCAACCAUGGCGGCGCUCCUCUGGGCCGGUUUGAUCACAACAGUGGACGGCAUGAGCCUGUUAACUACGGUCCCAACGGAAACGGGCAACGAGGAGGCGGCUAUCGAGGAGGCCGAGGCGGAGGCCGCGGUGGUAAUGGCGGUGGUGGUUACGGCCGUGGAGGAUACCCGCCACAGCAGUCAUUCCCAGGAGCGCCGCCCCCAGGAUGGCAACCACCGCCUCCCGGAGGUCCUGGCUUCGGUAUGGGUGGCCCUCCUCCACCACCGCCGACGUAUCAGCAGCAAGGAGGAAGAGGCGGUUACAACAAUGGCUGGGCGCCGCCACCUGGGCCGCCUGGGCCGCCAGGAUACUAUGGGCAGUAUCAGGGACAGCCUCCGCCACCAGCUCCCAGCUAUAGAGGCAACGGCCAGCACCGGGAUUCGCGAAGAUAUUAG